AUGGAGGGGAGAGACGCUACUGCAGGCGCCUUUGUUGGCAGAGAGAGAGAGAAAAAAACUGCAAAGAAGGGCGCAGCUCCUAAAGAAGUGAAAGCCCAGACUAAAAGCAGGAUGGAGACAUUGUUUGGGUUCAGAAAGGAGGACCUGAGCUCCUGGGACAACCUGGUGGCGCUUCUGAACCGACCCACUGACCCUGCAUCGCUGGGCAUCUUCCGCUGCUUGUUUGGUUUGCUGAUGGCUAUAGACGUCACACAGGAGCGGGGCCUCAGCCACCUGGACUACAAAUACCUGGACGGGGCCCCUGUGUGCCGCUUUCCCCUCUUCAAUUUCCUAGAGCCCCUCCCGCUGGAUUGGAUGUACCUGGUGUAUCUGGUGAUGUUCCUCGGUGCCCUGGGCAUCAUGCUCGGCUGCUUCUACCGCCUUUCGUGCCUCAUGUUCAUCUCGACGUACUGGUACGUCUUCUUCCUGGACAAAACGGCCUGGAACAACCACUCGUAUCUCUACGGCCUCAUUGGGUUUCAGCUCGCCAUCAUGGACGGCAACAGAUACUGGUCGAUGGAUGGAUUACGGAAACCUUCCAUAAGAAACGCUCAUGUUCCUCUCUGGAAUUACACCGUGCUGCGGACGCAGAUUUUUAUCGUAUAUUUCAUUGCUGGAGUUAAAAAAUUGGACGCGGAUUGGGUGGAGGGAUACUCCAUGUCGUAUCUGGCGCACCACUGGCUCUUUGAUCCUUUCAAAGUGAUUCUUCCUGUGGAGUUAGUAAGUCUGCUGGUGGUGCACGGAGGUGGCCUUAUUCUGGACCUGACCGCCGGAUAUUUGCUGUUUUUUGACGCCACGCGGCCUUUCGCGUUUUUCUUCGUCUCUUAUUUCCACUGCAUGAACUCCCAGCUGUUCAGCAUCGGGAUGUUCUCCUACACGAUGUUGUCGACCAGUCUUCUCUUCUGCUACGCCGAUUGGCCAAGGAGAUUCUUUGCCCGCUUCCCGUCUUUCCUCAGCAGUAUCCUGCCGCUCACCUCAGCGGAGGUUCAGCCCAGCACCUCCUGCCUUUACCCGGAAGUCGGCAGCAGCGGCGGCAGCGGCAGCGGCAGCAGCGGCAGCAGCGGCGAACGUCAAGCGACACAAAAUCCUGCAAAAGCUUCCAAACUGAGAUUCAAGCACAAGCUGGGAGCUGUUUUUACCAUUCUUUACAUAGCCGAGCAGUUUUUCAUGCCUUACUCACACUUCAUCACAAAGGGUUACAAUAACUGGACCAAUGGUCUGUAUGGCUACUCCUGGGACAUGAUGGUCCACUCCCGCAGCCAUCAGCACGUGAAGAUCACCUACAAAGACGGAAAAACGGGUGAAGUCGGAUAUCUGAACCCAGGGGUGUUCACCCAGAGUCGUCGCUGGAAGGAUCACGGCGACAUGCUGAAGCAGUAUGCCACCUGUCUCAGUGGGCUGCUUCCACGCUACAACAUCUCCGAUCCUGAAAUCUACUUUGACAUCUGGGUGUCGAUCAACGAGCGCUUCCAGCAGAGGAUCUUCGAUCCUCGCGUGGACAUUGUGAAGGCCGACUGGUCACCGUUCAAACCCAACCCGUGGCUGAUGCCCCUGCUCGUGGACCUCUCACCUUGGAGGACCAAGUUCCAGGAGAUUGAGGGCAGUUUGGACAAUCAGACUGAGAUCGUCUUCAUUGCUGACUUCCCAGGUCUCCACUUGGAGAACUUUGUCAGCGAAGACCUGGGCAACACCAGCGUCCAUGUGCUCCAGGGCCGAGUGAAUGUUGAGAUAGUGGACGAGAACAAGAACCACACUCUGCAGCCUGGUGACCAGAUAAAGGUUCCUGCUGGGGCUUAUCACAAAGUGUUCACCGUGUCUGAGGGCCCGUCCUGCUACAUGUACGUCUACGUCAACACCACCGAGGCAGCGCUGCUGCAGAACUUCACCAAGCUGCAGGAGAUCCAGGAGCGCAUUCGCAAUGGAACAGAAACCGAGCCGCUGCCUCCCGAGCUGCAGCCUCUCAUGGCUGCAGAUGAUGACCAAGAGGCGGAGGUCAACGCCACGGACCCCGUGGUGCAGCUGUUCCUGAAGAGGCAGCGUCGGAUGAAGGAGGUGAAGAAACGCAGGGAGGCGGGUAUGCUGGAGCGACUGGACCGCUUCGCUGUUAAAAAGUACUACACGAUACGGAGGGGGUUCCUGAUGACAGCCAUUGCAAUAAGAAACCUGGUGUUAGGUCUCCCUCCCGUGGAGCAGCUGACGAGAGAAGUAGCCUUUGCCAACAUGAAGGAACCCGAAGCAGAAGCCGACCCAGACGAGACGAUCAAAAAUGAAAUGGCUCAUGCAGAGCUUUAAACUUGUCAGGAGAAAAAGUGUCAUUAGUAAGGAUGGAUGAACUUCCAGGUGCUGGAUCACGCAUUCCUAUAAACGUGUUACUGCUGGACUGUUACCUAGCCGGGUCCUCUCUGGCCCAGGCUAUUAAGGUACCCUGAAAUAGUUUGCAUUUCAGGUUAUUUUCAAAUGUGUUAUUUUGUUCUUAAAAUUGUGAGUUUCUGAAAGAGGACACGUUGCAGUAAAACCCCAAAUCCUGUAUGUUUGUGUCCAUUCAUGGGUGGAUGAUGUCGUCGCAACUACAAAGGCGUCAUUAUGUGAUCUGUUGGAGGAUUUACUUGUAAACAUGCCAGGCUAUAAAUGCUGCUUUGUCCAGAAGGCUGAGACAACAUGAGGCUGAACGAGUUUCAUGUCUCCUGGGGUCAAGUUUCAGCAACUUUCAGCCAUUUUUUUUUUUUAAAGGAGCUUACUCUGAUCAGUUUUUUACUAAAAUGUGAGAGAAACCAACAUGAUGGCAAGUGUAAAAAUAAUUUGUUAGCUGUAAUUU